CCGGGCGCGCAGUCCGGGCCGGAGCGUCUCGGCUGUAGCUGCGGCCGUUAUCGUCGCCUGGUGCUGCGGUGGCUCCCGGGGUUGGGAGAAGGCAGCGGCGGCCCGUCGUCAGUGGCCGCUAGAGCCGGCCUGCAAGGGGACAGGGGCGUCAGGACGGCGGCUGCUGCUGGACUGCUCCUUCGCGACUGCAGUCCGGUGCUGCAGGGUCCGGGCUGCCCCGGGGCGGCGGCCGAUUGGGAUGGCAAGAUAGCGGCGCGGGAGCGGCGGCGGAGCAGCCGUUUACAUGGGAGCGAACAAUUCAGAUGCUUUUCUUGUAUGUGAUGUUUUGGGCCUUUGGGCCUGUGGCUGACCUGUGACCUGUGACCUGUGCCAUGCUCAGGACUGACUAAAUAGCAGGGCCAAUGGGCACUUACUCAUGGUGGAGGCAGCCAUCUUGGACGGUGGACAAUAAAAGAUCGAGGAUGACUCCAAACCUGCCCUGGCUCCUGUCGGCUCUGACUCUUCUGCAUCUGAUGAUACACGUACAUGGUCUGAAGAGAGGAGUACAAGAUUUGAAAUGCACAACCAGCAACAUUCGAGUGUGGGCCUGCUCAUGGUCAGCCCCCCUCGGGGUCAGCCCUGGAACUGUUAAAGACAUUUGCAUUAAAGACAGGUUCCAUUCUUGUCACCGAUUAGAGACAACAAACGUUAAAAUUCCAGCUCUUUCACCAGGUGAUCACGAAGUCACCAUCAAUUAUCUAAAUGGCUUCCAGAGUAAAUUCACACUGAAUGAAAAAGACGUUUCUUUAGUUCCAGAUACUCCUGAGAUCUUGGAUUUGUCUGCGGACUACUUCACCUCCUCGUUAGAACUGAAGUGGAAUGACAGAGGGUCUGCUCUGCCUUACCCCUCCAAUGCCACCUGGGAGGUUAAGGUCCUACAGAAUCCGAGGAGGGAGCCCGUAGCACUAGUGUCACUCAACACAGUGCUGAAUGGUAAAGAUACAGUUCACCGCUGGAACUGGACCUCAGACCUGCCCUUGCAGUGCGCCACGCACUCCGUGAGCAUCAGAUGGCACGUUGACUAUCCUCACUUCUCCGGUUAUAAGGAGUGGAGCGACUGGAGCCCGCUGAAGAACAUUUCCUGGAUUCGUAAUACUGAGACUAAUGUUUUCCCUCAAGACAAAGUGGUCCUUGCAGGCUCAAACAUGACGAUUUGUUGUAUGAGUCCAACGAAAGUGCUCUCAGGACAGAUUGGCAAUACGUUCCGUCCUCUCAUCCAUCUUUAUGGGGAAACCGUUGCGAUCCAUAUCCUGAACAUACCUGUUUCUGAAAACAGCGGAACAAACAUCAUUUUUAGCACAGAUGAUGAUGUGUACGGAACGGUCAUCUUUGCAGGCUAUCCACCAGAUGUUCCUCAGAAACUGAGCUGUGAGACACACGACUUAAAAGAGAUUAUAUGUAGUUGGAAUCCAGGAAGGAUAACAGGACUGGUGGGCCCACGAAACACAGAAUACACCUUAUUGGAAAGCAUUUCAGGAAAAUCGGCAGUAUUUUUCAGGUUUGAAGAACUUGCAAAUGAAACCUAUUGGUUAAGCUUGCAAAUGCUUCCUGACCAAGAAAUUCAUAACUUCACCCUGACUGGCCGCAAUCCACUGGGGCAAGCAGAAUCAGCAAUUGUCAUCAACGUAACUGAAAGAGUUGCUCCUCAUGUUCCUAUUUCUCUGAAAGUGAAGGACAUCAAUUCAGCAGUUGUUACACUUUCUUGGUAUUUACCAGGAAACUUCACAAAGAUUAAUCUUUUAUGUCAGAUUGAAAUUUGUAAAGCUAAUGCCAAGAAAGAAGUGCGAAAUGCCACAAUAACAGGAGCGGAGGACUCAACUUACCAUGUUGCUGUGGACAAAUUAAACCCAUAUACUAUAUAUAGUUUCCGGGUUCGGUGUUCUUCCGAGACUUUCUGGAAGUGGAGCAGGUGGAGUAAUGAAAAGCGACAUUUAACGACAGAAGCCACUCCUUCAAAGGGACCAGAUACUUGGAGAGAGUGGAGUUCUGAUGGGAAAAACCUGAUCAUCUACUGGAAGCCUUUACCCAUUAAUGAAGCUAAUGGAAAAAUACUUGCCUACAAUAUAUCAUGUUCGUCAAAUGAGGAGACACAGUCCCUUUCUGAGAUCCUUGACCCUCAACACAGAGCAGAGAUACAGCUUAAUAAAAAUGACUACAUCAUCAGUGUGGUGGCAAGGAAUUCUGCUGGUUCGUCACCGCCUUCAAAAAUAGCUACUAUGGAAAUCCCAAAUGAUGACGUCACAGUAGAGCAAGCAGUUGGGAUAGGAAACAGGAUCUUCCUCACCUGGCAUCACAAUCCCAACAUGACUUGCGACUACGUAAUUAAAUGGUGCAACUCGUCUCGGUCCGAGCCCUGCCUCCUGGACUGGAUAAAAGUUCCCUCGAACAGCACUGAGACUGUCAUAGAAUCUGAUCAAUUUCAGCCAGGAGUAAGAUACAACUUCUACCUCUAUGGGUGCACUAACCAGGGAUACCAACUGUUACGUUCUAUAAUUGGAUAUAUAGAAGAAUUGGCUCCAGUAGUUGCACCAAAUUUUACCGUGGAAGAUACGUCUGCAGACUCGAUAUUAGUAAAAUGGGAUGAUAUCCCCGUGGAAGAGCUCCGAGGCUUCUUAAGAGGGUAUUUAUUUUACUUUCAGAAAGGAGAGAGAGAUACGCCUAAGACAAGGAUCUUGGAGCCAAAUCAUUCCGACAUCAAGCUAAAGAAUAUCACUGACAUAUCCCAGAAGACGCUAAGGAUUGCUGAUCUUCAGGGUAAAACCAGUUACCAUCUGGUCCUGCGAGCCUAUACCCAUGGUGGUCUGGGCCCAGAGAAGAGCAUGUUUGUGGUGACCAAGGAAAACUCUGUGGGGUUGAUUAUUGCCAUCCUCAUCCCGGUGGCCGUGGCUGUCCUUGUUGGCGUGGUGACAAGCAUCCUUUGCUAUCGGAAGCGAGAAUGGAUUAAGGAAACAUUCUACCCUGAUAUUCCCAAUCCAGAAAACUGUAAGGCGUUACAGUUUCAGAAGAGCGUCUGUGAGGGAAGCAAUGCUAAGACAUUGGAAAUGAAUCCCUGCACCCCGAAUAACGUCGAAGUCCUGGAGUCUCGAUCAAUCGUCCCUAAAAUAGAAGAUACUGAGAUAGUUUCCCCAGUUGCCGAGCGUCCUGGGGAAAGUGCCGCCGAGGCAGACCCCGAGAACCACGUGGUUGUGUCUUACUGCCCACCCAUCAUCGAGGAGGAAAUAACGAACCCUGCCACGGAUGAGGCGGGAGGGGUUUCUCAGGUCGUGUACAUUGAUGUGCAAUCCAUGUAUCAGCCGCAAGCCAAACCGGAGGAAGAGCAGGACAUCGACCCCGUGGUGGUGGCGGGCUAUAAGCCACAGAUGCGCCUGCCCAUUACCUCGGCUGUGGAAGACGCAACGGCGGAAGAUGAAGCGGAUAAGACCGGAGGUUACAGACCUCAGGCCAAUGUAAAUACCUGGAAUUUGGUCUCCCCAGAUUCCCCAAGGUCCACAGACAGCAACAAUGAAGUCGUCACCUUUGGAAGUCCGUGCUCCAUCAAUUCCAGGCAGUUUUUGAUUCCUCCUAAAGAUGAAGACUCUCCUAAGUCUAAUGGAGGAGGCUGGUCCUUUACAAACUUCUUUCAGAACAAACCAAAUGACUAACCGGGUCACCCUUUGUCACUUCAGUCUGCCAUCUCAGUAAGCCCCCACUGCCGCUGUUACGGCAGCAGCUGGGGCAUUUCUGGAGGGACCUUCACUCUGGGCAAGUGACACUGGAGGUGUUAAUGUGCUUUUAAUGUAUCCUAAAAGCCAGAGUGCAGUGACUCAGCCCUCAGCCACAGGAACUCAAGAUUUGAAGCUGUUUUUGAUUGAGCCAAAGAAUCCUCCCGAAGGAUCUCAAGACUAACUAAAACUGUCUAGUGCAUACAUGCUAAACAAAUCUCACAACUGUUUUCUGUUGUUUAUGGUUUUCUCAUCUCUGUAUGGUAUGGAAUUGCAAGUGGAUUUACAGGCAAGGGAGAAAAACGGUCCAAGUCAAAACAAUGUUAAUUUGCCUGACAUUUACUGCGGUCUAGAGGAAAACCAAGCACAGAUUUUUAAAACCUUGAUGAUCUCUCUCUCUCUCUCUCCACGGCAUUUACAACAGCGAAUCUAGUUUUUAAUGUAGCAGCAGCUAUCUGGUGUUCUGUUUGAUAAAGCGUGCCGAUUUCUGUGCCUACUGUAUAAUGGUUAUCAAACAGUUGUCUCAGGGGUACAAACUUGGAAAGGCAAGUGCAACGCUGACGCUGACGAGCCUGAGUCAGCAUCACACCGGCCUGCUUUCACGAGGUGUGAAAACCAUUCUCCUAUCAACGUAGCUCGCACGAUAGCUUCCAUUAGUGCAGUCGAUUGCUCGAAAUGUUGGAAAUCUCUAGGUCUAUACCCAAAUUUUCCCUAUUUGUUUUGUGUUGUAUUAUAGGGUCUGCUUCAUAAGAGCAAAUUCAUUAUUAUUUACAGGUAUAUAGUUGUAAUGAGUUACUGAGUAAGAUGACUACUAAGAAAUAGCCAGUGGUGUGUGCGGACUGCAUCACUGGGACUAGGCCCAGGUCCCCCUAAGAGGAUAGACAGCUGGGAUGAUCUCUGAGGCUUCUGAGUAGCUUUCUCUGCUGCUUGGUAAGACAUGGCUCCUCCUCCCUCAGGAAGUUGGGGGUCCAGAGUCUCAGACCCUGCCUUCAAAUCCGUAAACUUAAACAUAAAGGGAGGUAACUUCCACCUGGAGCGGUUAGUGAUUUUGUAACGGAGGUCAUAAAACUUAUGGAAUCGGUAGGUAGUGACCUGUGUUCUGUCAGCAAAGAAGAGGCAGGUCCUGAACACAGCACCCUCAAUGCACCCUGGCUUCUCCUCAGCAGCGUGUACAGUGAAUGUGAUUCUUAGAAAAAUCACAUUUUUAGGGGUGUCGUGUAUUUGCUCUGCCUUUGGGUUGCCAAAAUACAUGACAGUUUAAAACAGCUGAGGAGUAGACUUUUGUGUCACCUAAAGUCCCCCAAAUUUUCCAGAUAUUGAAUUGUUCUUUCAGCUCAAAUUUCAUCUUUUUUUAAAUUUAAUUUUAUUUUUUUUAUUUUUUGAGACAGGGUCUCCUUAUGCAGCCCUGGCUGUCCUGGAACUCACUAUAUAGAUGAGGCUGGCCUCAGACUCAGAGAUCCACCGGUCUCCCGAGUACAGGUGUGUGGGCCACCAUGCCUGGCCUCUUGUUUUGUCUUCUAAAGAAUUACGUGAGGGAAAAAAUACAGGAUAACAAGGGACAAAAUCAUGAUCCUGUUUUUAACCCUAGGAUUCAACUACAUUUUGGAGCUUCGUGAUAGGAUAUUAUGUGGAAUGAAAUUCAAUUAGUCUUGCAAUUAUAUACCAUAUAAAAGAUAGAUAGUAGUAGCUCUUAGAAAUUUUCAGUACUGAAAAAUACUCCAAACCAGAGCCAUCACCAAAGAGUUUUUGUCUUCCUUGUGCCCUCUUUGGCUCUACCCUUCACCCAGCCACUCUGAGCCCUGGCUGCCUCUUCACCCUUCCCUCUCCCCCUUCCCCUCCCCCAACCACACUCCCUGUUACAUCUUGUUACUGCUAUGUUCUGCUUGCCCUCUGUCUUGUUUCCCAGUGAAGCUUAUCAGUUUCUUUUCUUUCUUUCUUUCUUUUUUUUUUUUUUUUUUUUUUUUUUUUUUUUUUUUGGUUUUUUGAGACAGGGUUUCUCCGUGUAGCCCUAGCUGUCCUGGAACUCACUCUGUAGACCAGGCUGGCCUCGAACUCAGAAAUCUGCCUGCCUCUGCCUCCUAAGUGCUGGGAUUAAAGGCGUGCGCCACCACCGCCCAGCUGCUUAUGUUUCAUAUCCCCAUCCAAUUGGGAUGAGCGUCUGCGAAAGUUAGAGCCUAUCAUUCUGAAGUACAUUAAGCUGGGAGCACAAGGAAAGGUCAGAAGAAAUGGACUCACAAUGUCCAAAGGAAGCCCUUAUGACGUGGGCGUCUAGAGUGUUGGAAGUUUAGAAUGCUGCUCAUCCCGCCCUGCCUCUGAAAUCCGUUCUCAAGGACCACUGAGCUAUGGAGAAGCAGGCUUGCCCUGGAUUAUCGUAGGAGAAUGUGACUAAGGCCAAGGCAGCUUCUUUUGUCUUUUCCCACUGACGUGAAUAUAGCUGCAUCCCUGGGCAGUGUUACUACCUCUGCAGUUGUGCAUAUAGGAGUAGCCUACACAGGAAGAGGACGGGGCGAAGAACACCAUUGCUGUGCCCUCACUAUCCGUCUCAUUCUUUGGAACUUUGAUAAGUGUGUGCUGCAGUUAUCAGUGCAAGGGUCGUUUGUGUCCUUCCGUGCAAGGUGGCCUCGGCGUGGAUAUGCUCUGAAGUCAGGGUAGCUGUGAGAAGGGAGGCUACAUGUGUUCCCAGCUCUUAGAAAAAGGAGAGAAAUUAUUCCUUCCUAAGAGGAGCCCAGUCAUUGGCCAGACAACUACAGCCGUUACCACCCUUUUGUAAGCCAGUUUCAUUCAGACUUCCCUUUCGAGAAAGGAGAUUGAAAGUAUCAUAAUACUUAUGAGUGGCCAUUUUAAAUAGCAUCUAAUUAAAAAGAACAUUCUUAAAUACUUAGCUGGGCUUUUUGAGUUUUGUGCUCCAUCGAUUAAUGCACAUGUGUCUUCCGAAUCUUCCCCAUUGGUUGAACCUGUAGUGUCCCGGACUUGAGCCGGCAGCGCUGCAUAUCUGGAAAGUUGGGUUGUGUUUCUGAGCUGUGUGAUAAAGGUGCUUUUGUUCCUACAGCUGGCAACAGAAGCCACCAUUCAUUGGGAAGCUCAAGAGAGGAACUGUCAGCCUUGGUUUUCACAGUGGCCUUGCUUUCAUGGUUCAGGGAACUGGAAGGAUCACAUUCCGAACACCCAGUAGUGUCUAUCGCACUCAGACAUGACGGUGGGAAGCCACAGUUUUAGAAGUUCUUGCAAACUGCACUCUCCUUAGAAAUCUCUCCUGCUGUAGUAAUCCUGUCUGUAUUUAUCAGAUAUCACAGCCCUUUCUGUGCUCAGUAAACCUAAUUUAGUGAAAGGCUAGAGAACGUUUCCUCCUGAUAGAAAUUUGAGGUCAAUAAAUAUCAUGGUAUUUUUGCAAUUAAAGUACCCCUUAAUAUGUCAAUAUGCAGAAAGUAUUAUCUCAAAGUCUGUUACUGCUUGGGCACUUACUCUGAUAAAUCAUGUUGUGUUUGCACUGAGGUGAUUUCUGCUGUUUCCUGUUUGAAACUGCAUUGAAAUAAGUGAAAUGGCCUUUUAAAGGAUCCUGAAAGUGCAAUACUUGGCAUCUCAAGUGAAGUGUGGGGGAAGGGCCAUUAGCUGCUAACGCCAGGCGUACAGUGAGAGUUCAGUGUCUGUAUUGAUGGAGUCCCUUUCUAGAGUGUGACAGACUUGUUGGAACUGGAUGGAAGAAUGGUAGAGGUUAAGAUGUGACUCGCAUGGAAAAGAAGUAACUGAAAGGUUUGCAUGCACUGUGGAAACAGCCCCACAGUGUGAGGGGAAACUGAAGACUCAUCAGACCUUUCACGAGAUAAACACUGUCAGCACACUUUUAACUGCAGAGUUUGCUUUUAUCUAAUGAGUACCCAGCUUGGAGAUGCGUCUGUACCAAUAUGGUAUAUGUUAUGUCAAGCAUCGUGCGUGAGCUUAGUUGAUCAAUAGAAGAACUCAUUGUCUUGGUAAGAUAUUUCAAGACAUUUCCAUGAAUUGAAUUGAUUAUUUUCUGCUGAAAAAGUUUCAUGCUGUCAUACCUGUCUUACCUCUGUGUCCAGAACAAAAAAAUUUACAGAAGGGGGAGGGGCAAGCAAAGAACUUGUGGCCAAGCUUACAGGACAUUAGUCUUUUAGACAUAGCCCUAUCCUUCAGAUUCAUUUAGCUUGAAUCAUGGAUUCUGUCCAGUGCUAUUCAUACUGUUUAAGCCUGUUAGGUUACUAGGGUUGUUAGGUUUUCACUCCCUUUCAAUUAGUCCCUUUAUCUUAAUAAUUGCAUGACCAUAUUCAUGCUGAUUAUAAUACAGAUGGUAUUUCUAAAUGUAGCAGAAAGGAUUGGGAGCAACAUUUAGCUGAGCAGUACCAAACUUUGUUUUCUUUUUCCUCUUAUUAGAGUUUCUGGGGUUGUCAUUUGGUCUAGAAUAUCCACAUGCUUCUAAUUAUGAGAUUGUGACUGGAUCAGGUUGUCCUUAAUCAGAGUAGUGCUUGUUCUCCUGUAUUAUGAGUGACAACUUUUGUCCAAAGUGUAAAUAGAAUUUGCUUAAGUUAUAUUCAAGCUGUGGCAUACUUUUAUUACAAAUAAACCAUAUCUAAUUGCACAUUAAACAAGUAUACAAUUUUUGGUCACUGGAACCAAACAUUUUAAAAAUGAAAAAACAUGCUGAGGAUAAAAGACAAGAACAUUAAUGUUAUUGAUUCAUAUGGGUCUUCAAGAUCGCCUUUGUAUUAUACAAUCAACACGAAAAGAAAUCCAGCUGUUAUAGACAUUGACAGCCUACUUAAAUUUAUUCUGUUUCCUUUUAGUUUAAAUUAUUCCAUCUUAAAUGGGCUGUUUCAACUUUCGAACUAGCUUCAAGAUCCAGUAGCAUAUCCUUAGAGAUCAAAAUAUUUUUAGGUAGUAACCCUGUCUUCCUUAAGUCCUUUAAGCUUAGCCCUUUGGCAGAUGGUCAGAGAACAAGACACUGAAGGAAAGUUUUCAGAUGACACCCUCCCUGUUUGAAGGAUACUUUUCAGAUCGUACUCUCCCUGUUUGAUCCAAACACUUUCACUGUCUUUUCCCAGUUCCUUCCAUUUACUUUUCUUUCUGAUGUAUUCUUUAAUAAAGUAUGAGUAGCGUGGGGAAGCGUUGAAGAAUCAACCCCGUUCAGCUCCUUGUGGUGGGUAGAUAGAUGUUAGGGGAUACCCCGGGACACAGCUGCUAAAAGACAUUUUAUUUAGAGUUGCUUUGAAAAGGUUGCUCUGGAUAAAGAGAUGCACUGAGUCCAAAAUGUUACCAACUUACAGGCAUGUUCAAAGGUAAAGCCAUCUGAAAGUUCUCAGUGUUCCUAGGAAAAAUUUUCAGAAAUUAUUUUACCAGAUCUUUCAUUAGCAGGCAGACCAUCAGUCUUCCCUGUAACACUAAGAAAUUGCCAUUUUUUUUCCUUUCAAAUUUGCAUUACAGUGCAUUACUGUUUACAAGACACACAUACUGUGAACAGAUCUAAGUCUUUGUCUUUUGUAAGGUUUGUAGAAUGAAUGUUGUUUUAAAGAUGGUGUUAUGUUAAAUAUGUUUAGGUCUCUAUAAAUGCUAGCUCCUGUUUACUAACUUUUGUUUGGUCAGGUGUGUGUCCAUGUAGCUGAAAGAAGAUAGAAAUUGUAGUUUGUAUAACUUGUCCCUUUUUUUUUGUUUGUUUCUUGAAAAAUUACCAUUAUAGACCUGGUGGUGUUAAAUCAAAGGAUUAGUUAUGAUGUGCAAUACCUAAACUCAUGUUCAGUCCUAUAAAGAAUCUUUUCAAUGCUCACACACAGAAAGUAAAUGAGAUUGAUGUGUGUGUGUGAGUGUGUCUCUGUGAUUCACUCUAACUCAAAAGAUUCUGAGUUGAGUAUGGAGUAAAACAAUACAGAGAUUGACAGCAGAGGCAUUUCCAGCCUUGUGAAAUGUUAUGUCGCUAUUAAAAUAGGAAAUUUGAACCCUUUAGAGUAUAAUUUCAGAAUUUAACUUCCAUAUCUUUUGGGAAACAUGAUUAUCACAAGAACAUAGAUUAUGUAAAUAACCUAUUACUAAGACACUGCAAAUAUAAAACUAGUAUCGCUUGGCUGUUAAUUAUAUAAAGAUGUUACCUAUGUCUGUUUUUAAAACAUGCAUGUAUUUAACAAUUUUAUCAUAGUGUUGUCAUGGGAAAAAAUAAAUAUAUUUUCUUACAUCUUA